GCUGCUGUAUUUGUAUAAUAGUGAAAUAAAAAUUGCUCUACUCUCUGCUUACUACUACCCACACACACACACACACACACACACACACACAAAACCCCAUAAACCAAGACACAUGCUCUCUCUUACAUUUCCCUAAGCUUAUCCAUCAUCAUCAUCACACCCAUCUCCUACUUCUUCAAUAUCACACUUGUUCAUCUCUUAAAUUCUCAAUCAAUCUUCAAUCUCUCUCUCUCUUAACCCUCCACACAUUCUUGUGAUUUUCUUGAUUUCCAGACAUGAUCACUCUAUCAGACUUCUACCAUGUCAUGACAGCAGUGGUUCCACUCUAUGUUGCCAUGAUCUUGGCUUAUGGGUCAGUAAAAUGGUGGAAGAUCUUCUCUCCUGACCAGUGCUCCGGCAUCAACCGCUUCGUUGCCCUCUUCGCUGUCCCUCUCCUCUCUUUCCACUUCAUCUCCACCAACAAUCCUUACACCAUGAAUUUACGAUUCAUCGCUGCUGAUACUCUGCAGAAAAUCAUAGUCCUGGUAGUGUUAGCAGUGUGGAGUAAGGUGAGCAAGAGAGGCUGUUUAGAAUGGACAAUCACACUGUUUUCACUUUCAACUCUCCCAAACACUCUUGUCAUGGGUAUUCCUUUGCUUAAAGGAAUGUAUGGUGAUUUCUCAGGAAGUUUAAUGGUGCAAAUAGUUGUUCUUCAGUGUAUCAUUUGGUACACUUUGAUGCUUUUCAUGUUUGAGUAUAGAGCAGCCAAGUUGUUGAUCUCUGAGCAGUUUCCAGACACUGCAGGGUCGAUUGUCUCAAUCCAUGUUGAUUCUGAUGUCAUGUCAUUGGAUGGAAGACAAGCUCUGGAGACUGAGACAGAGAUCAAAGAAGAUGGAAAGCUUCAUGUCACUGUGAGAAAAUCAAAUGCCUCGAGAUCUGAUAUCUUCUCGAGAAGGUCUCAAGGCCUGUCAUCGACGACUCCUAGACCGUCGAAUCUGACAAAUGCAGAGAUUUACUCUCUGCAGUCGUCAAGAAACCCUACUCCCAGAGGGUCGAGUUUUAACCACACCGAUUUUUACUCAAUGGUGGGGGGUGGUGGGGGCCGUAACUCAAACUUUGGGCCUUCGGACGUUUACGGGCUCCCGACAUCGAGAGGGCCCACGCCUAGGCCGUCGAACUAUGAGGAAGAUGGUGGUGGUGGGAGCCUUAACAAGGCUAGGUUCCACUAUCAUGCCGGGACAGCGCCGGGUAACGCACAUUACCCGGCACCUAAUCCCGGAAUGUUUUCGCCCACUGGGUCAAAAGCCAUGGGCCCGGGGGCGAAUGUUGUAAAAAAGGCUAACGGCCAGGCUCAGCAGCAGAAGACGGAGGAGGGCGGUGGUAGGGAUCUUCAUAUGUUUGUAUGGAGUUCAAGUGCUUCUCCAGUUUCAGAUGUGUUUGGAGGCCAUGACUAUGGAGCUUUAGAGCAGCCUUCUAAAGAAGUGAGAGUUGCGGUAUCUCCAGGAAAAGUGGAGGGUCAUAGAGAAAAUCAAGAGGAUUACUUGGAGAAAGAUGAAUUCAGCUUUGGGAAUAGAGGUUUAGAAGGAGAAAUGAACAACCAUGAUGGUGAAAAAGUUGGAGAUAACAAGAACAGAGGCAAAGCCAUGCCUCCAACUAGUGUCAUGACUAGGCUCAUAUUGAUCAUGGUUUGGAGGAAACUCAUCAGAAACCCCAACACGUACUCCAGCUUGAUUGGUCUUACUUGGUCUCUAGUUUCAUUCAGGUGGCAUGUUGUGAUGCCUGCCAUAAUACAAAAGUCCAUUGCAAUACUGUCAGAUGCAGGACUUGGCAUGGCUAUGUUCAGUCUAGGUCUGUUCAUGGCAUUGCAACCGAGGAUAAUAGCAUGUGGGAAUUCCAUAGCAACUUUUGCUAUGGCCGUGAGAUUCCUUACAGGUCCAGCUGUCAUGGCAGCUGCUUCCAUUGCUGUUGGCCUUCGCGGCGUCCUCCUCCACGUUGCCAUUGUCCAGGCAGCUCUACCACAAGGAAUUGUCCCCUUUGUCUUUGCCAAGGAAUACAAUGUACACCCUGACAUUCUCAGCACAGGUGUUAUAUUUGGGAUGUUAAUCGCAUUGCCGAUAACGCUUGUGUACUACAUUCUGUUGGGACUAUGAAGAACUGUUAGGGAGGUUAAUGGAGUCAUGGAGAAAAACUUGGUGGCUCAUUUGGAGCUAGUAGUGAAACAUCAAAAGAAAAAAUGGAGAAUAUUGAAGAACCCUAGAAGAAGAGAAAGAAAAGGAGCAACGCUUGAAUCUCUUUUUUUUUUUUUUUUUUUUUAAGUUAUUGCCUUUUGGUAGUAAAAUUGUAUAAUCUUGUUUGUAGUCAAUUUAUUAGGGAAGGAAAAAAAAAAACUCUAGUUAAUUAUAGUUUGCUUUACAUUUCUAGUCCAAGAAUUCUAUGGAAAUAGAAAUUGAGAAUGAAAAAUUGAGAAAAGCAGAGUGGUUGAUGUAUGGGAUGAUGCCCUCUGAUUUUGCUCUAGUAAUAUAUUCCUUUUGAAUCCUA